AUGCAUAUCUCACUCUUUCUCUCAUUUUUUUUCUCUCUUCUUUUUUCUUUCUAUAUCUACGUUUCUCGCUAUAUACUUUCUCUCUCUCUAUUCUUUCCGUCUUCUUCUCUUUUCUUGCUCUAUUACUUCUUGUCCCUCUCAUUGCCUUUCUCGCUUCUAUCUCUUCUAUAUCUCUCUUUGUCGAUUUUCCUUCUCAUCUUUCUUUCUAUUUAUUUUUUGUCUCUUCUUCUAUCUUGCUUCUCCUUUCUCUCUUGUAUAUUCUUGCACUCUCCGAUUUUCUCUCUCCUUCUUAUUCUAUCUUCCCAUUUCUCAGUCUGCUUCCCACUCUGCAAUCUCUUCUGUUUUUCUCUCUCCAUCUCUUUCCUACUGUCUCUGCAAUUUUUAUCUCUUUCUCUGAAAUAUUCUCCUUUUCACUCUAUAUAUCUCUUUCUCGUCGCUAUCCUCUCUCUCUCUCUCUCUCUCUCUUUAUCUCCUUGUAACUCACUUUCUAUAUAUCUCUUACCCUAUGCUCUCUCUUAUUUCUGUUUUUCUCUUAUUCUUUCCCGUUUUUCUCUAUAUAUUUCGCUAUCUCACUCACACUCUCUCCUUCCUUCUCUAUACUUCGAUUAA